AUGUCCUUCCUCAACAGAAACAAUUUAUUUGGUGGUUCAGGGCAACCUCCGCGCGAUCAAUACGGCCAGCAGCCGUCUCCUCAGCGAGGAGGGCGUCCUUCUUACCCCCCGCCUGGCGGCUAUGACACACACAUGAACGGUUACGACUCUCCUAGGCCAAGAUAUGACAGUCCUGGCCUGCCUGCGAGAAACAUGCCUCCGCGCCCCAUGGGCCACCAGGCGAGUCCCAGUCGUGGCGCCCCUGCCAGAGGUCGGAGUGGUGUUAUGACACUACAACCUGCAAAAUCUCCGGACAAUUCCUAUACCUUCCGCAACCUCGUGGCCGUAUCCUCACAGGACGUUCCUCCUUCAUACGAUGGCACCGACGUAUUCCUUCUUAUCAACGGCAUGUAUGUCGUCUCAUCUCGGCCUAUUGAUGCGUUUCCCAGGGGCAGCAUUGGCCUUUCUGAACCCCAACGAUCUUGGAUGGGUGUAGCUUUGACAGACCUAGUGCAGGCUGAAGUCUAUGAUCCCUUCAGCCAAGGGGCCCAGGCAUAUAUUGGUGCGAUGGAUAUUGAAAUUGGCUUCGCGAGCACGAGGAAAACCACAGAUGCGCCGUACGAUCAGGAUGAUCUGGCCAAAGAGAUUACAAAGUUAUUCAACAGCCAGAUGUUCGCUCCCGGUCAGCGGUUCCUCAUGGACCUCAAAAGCAUCCCACUCAACCUCACAGUCAAGACAGUACAGCUGGCGGACCUAAGCGAAAAAGCUGCGCCUACAACGUCUGAUCCUCUGGCACGAGGCAUUUUGACCCCUCAAACCCAGAUCAAUUUCUUCAAAGAUGGCAAGACUCCUAUCAACCUCAAAGCGUCCUCUCGUCGGCCUGCUGCCAAUUCCAUCAUCGCCCCCGACUUUAAAUUUGAGGACAUGGGCAUUGGUGGGUUGGAUGCGGAAUUUGUGACUAUUUUCCGGCGAGCAUUUGCCUCCCGCGUCUUCCCUCCUGGGCUCGUGGAGAAGCUGGGUAUUCAGCACGUGAAGGGCAUCCUACUCUACGGCCCCCCGGGUACCGGAAAGACAUUGAUUGCGCGACAGAUUGGCAAGAUGCUCAAUGCGAGAGAGCCAAAAGUUAUCAAUGGUCCUGAAGUAUUGAACAAAUACGUCGGCCAGUCUGAAGAAAACAUCCGGAAACUCUUCGCCGAUGCAGAGAAGGAAUACAAAGAAAAGGGAGAUGAAUCCGGUCUUCACAUCAUCAUUUUUGACGAGCUGGAUGCUGUCUGUAAGCAGAGAGGUAGCGGUGCCGGUGGAGGCACCGGAGUGGGAGACAGUGUGGUCAACCAGCUCCUCUCUAAGCUCGAUGGCGUGGAUCAGUUGAACAACAUCCUCCUUAUCGGCAUGACGAAUCGGAAAGAUAUGAUUGAUGAUGCUCUCUUACGGCCUGGACGUCUUGAGCUACAUAUGGAGAUAUCCCUGCCGGACGAACACGGUCGAGCGCAAAUUUUGAAAAUUCACACACAAAAAAUGCGUGAUAACCAGGUCCUCGACCCGGAUGUGAACCUCGAGGAACUGGCUCGCAAGACCAAGAACUUUUCUGGCGCUGAGAUUGGCGGUCUGGUCAAGUCCGCCACGUCGUUUGCAUUUUCCCGCCAUAUCAAGGUGGGCACGAUGGCGGGAAUCACGGAUGACGUGGCAGAUAUGAAGGUCAAGCGGGCCGAUUUCGAAAGUGCUCUGGAGGAAGUGAAACCAGCGUUUGGCGUGUCAGAGGAAGAGCUCUCGUACUGCCUCCGUGGAGGCGUCAUCCACUUUUCACAGUAUAUCAAGGAUGUGCUUGAGGAAGGGAAGCUCUUUGUGGAACAGGUGCGCAACCCCGAUUCCACGCCGCUCUUCUCAGUGUGCCUCCACGGGCCUCCUGGCUGCGGAAAGACGGCCUUAGCAGCCAAGAUUGCGAUCGACAGCGGAUACCCGUUCAUCAAGUUGGUCAGCAACAAGGAUACGUUGGAAAUGUCGGAAUCCCAGAAGAUCUCGUACCUGAGCAAGGUAUUCAUGGACGCAUACAAAUCACCCAUGUCGUGCGUGGUGCUGGAUGACAUCGAGGAAUACACCGAAUGGACACCCAUUGGCCCUCGAUUUUCCAACCCCAUAUUGAAGACACUGGUUGCACUGUUACGCAAAGCGCCUCCACCAGGACGAAGCCUCCUCAUCCUUGUGACGGCCACAGAACGCUCGGUCCUCCAACAACUAGAUUUCUGGCGCCACUUCAACAGCGACGUACCCGUCGCCAACGUGCGGACGUACGACGAACUGGAAUUUGUCAUGAAGGAAUCCAAAGCCUUCGAAGCUGGAGAGAUCUCCAGGGCGGUCUCAGAGAUUCGAGAUAUCACGCGCAGCGACGUUGUAGGAGUCGGCAUCAAGCAUGUGCUGCAAGCCAUUGAGACAGCCAAGUUUGACACCGAUCGGGUCACACGGUUUGCCGGGACUUUGAGCAGAGUCAUUGCUGAGCGUGGGGAAGGGAGUAGUAGCAUGUUUCAUUGA